UCCUCCCCCAAUCCCAGCAGAGGGACCCGCCACUCAACCCGGCUUGUGAAUGGCUUCAUUGAAGAGAAAUGGGCUGGCUUAGGUGCACAAAAGUACGACUCCCUCUCGGCUUGGCGGUGGUGGAGAAAAAAAAAAACCCAGCAGAGCAAAGGGCUAGGGGAGAGCGUCCAGCCCGUUCCCCCCACCACCCUCCAGAACCGGCCACCAGCAUCCCACCAUGUCUGUGAUGCUCAACAAUGCCCACCAAGGGGGAAAAGCGUUCCGUUUGCUGAAAGCUGAACAAGAAGGGAGGUUAGAGGAAAUCAACAAAGAGUUUCUCUGCGACCCAAAAUUUAGCGAUGAAGAGGACCUGGAAGAAAAGCUUGCGGUUUUUAAAGAAAAAUACAUGGAGUUCGACCUGAAUAAUCACGGCGAGAUCGAUCUCAUGUCUGUGAAAAGAAUGAUGGAGAAACUGGGGACGCCCAAGACCCACCUGGAGCUGAAGAAAAUGAUCUCCGAAGUCACCGGAGGGAUCAGCGAAACCAUCUCGUACCAGGAUUUUGUGACCAUGAUGCUGGGCAAGAGGUCAGCCGUCCUCAAGCUGGUGAUGAUGUUUGAAGGCAAGAGUCAAGAAAGCACCCCCAAAUUUUCAGGUCCUCCUCCGGAAAGAGACCUCUCGAGCCUUCCUUAAAGGGAGAGGAGAAUACGGAACAUUUUCCACCUCUGACGGCAGCAAGAUCUCUGCUCCGUUGCUUUUAAACCAGCCCGUUUUAUAAGACUCCAUCUGAAGGAAUGGCAAGGAAAAGUCCACCAGACUUCAAGCCAGAGGACUAUCUUCUAGUCACCCCUAAUUUUUAUUCUCAACUACAACCCGAAUAACAGGCCCCAUGGUUCUCCAGAACAGAAGAAAACUCUAAAUGCAACAUCCAGAUUUCACGGGGUGUUCGCGGGAGAUGAACGCUCUCCGAAGGCCCCCCCCCCGCUUUUCUCCCAAACCUGAAAUUAUUCAGAUUUACUUCUGUUCCAAACACAAAACUACUUUUCUGAAAAUGGCUUUUCAGUGUGCAGCUGGAAGAAAAACCAACCCCUUUGGUCCAAGGGGCGGGGAAAAAAAAUUCAGAUGGUUGUUGGGUCAUAUCUUUUAAGGAGCAUAAACCAGAAUUUUUUGCAUCAGGCAAGUGUGUUAUUUUUUUUCCAAACGGCGAUGAAGCAAAGGAAAAAGGGAAAACCAGAGGCAUUUUAGCCUGACUUUCAGAAUCAAUCCUAAACCGGAUUGAGUGACAUCGUGGUUAGUUCUGGAGCUCGGGGGGUCGACACAUGGGGGGGGGAAAUCGCUCCUGUUUUUGCAAAACCACCCCAAAACUUCUAAGUGUCUUUCUCAGAGUCGCUUUCCUGAUUUCUGAGAUUUUUUUUUCCCUUCUGUCAUCCUGUAAAAUGCGUAAAAAAUGUUUUUUCUCGAUGAUUUUCUAAUCUUGGUUUCUUUGUUCAAGCCAACUUCCUUGAUCAGGUCAAUGUGUACCUUCCCCUUCUUGAUACAGGUAAUCCUCGGCUUAACAACCAUUCAUUUAGUGACCGUUUAAAAGCUACAAUGGCACGGGAAAAAGCUAGUCUUCUUCACCCUUAACGACUUGUCAUAGCAAUCCCACGAUUGUGUGAUCGAAAUCCUGGCGCUGGGAAACUGGCAUGUACUUAUGACGGUUUCAGCAUUCCCGGGGGUGUGUGUCACGUGAUCUUUCUUUGCGGCCUUCGCAGCGGGCUUCCAACAAGCAAAGUCAAUGGGGGGAGGGGGAAGCAAUUUAACGACCAAGCAACUCACUUAACAACCACAGCGAUGUAAGGUCGUAAAAUCAGACGUGGCUCACUCAACAAGCAUCUGGAUGAAAAUUCUGAUUUCGAUUGUGGUUGUAAGUCGAGGACUACCUGUAUGUGAGGUCCAUUUGACUGUGGAGUUGGAUUUAAUCCUUUUAAGGGGUUCUUUUUCUUUUAGUAGCUGAGUUCACCCAGGGCCGAGUCUCCGUUGAGUUGAAUUCAACUCCUGAUGAGUAACUGGACACGCGUCGAGUUUCUUUCGGUUUCUUACAAAAUAAUACAAAAUAAUUUGCUGUUUA